AGUUCACGACCACGUGGUUAUGUUUGGAGCCGCUGGAACAAGUGCGUCGAACAAUACCACGUUUUUACUAUUAGAAAAGGACUACAAUGCAACCGGAGACAGAUGAGAUAGACAAUGCUGGUGCGGCAUUGGUACGGAACGAUAAUCAGGAUGACAGUGACUACGAAGAAAAAGAGUCAGACGGUUCAGAAAUAGAGGGUGACAUGGAGAGCGAGGCGUCAUAUGAUGCUGGAUCUACUUCGAAUGCAGGCUGGGCUGAUGUUAUGCAAAAGAUUCUAAAGACAAAUAAACCAAAGAGAAAAAAGACACUUGUACUGGCAAAGGCAAAGAAGUUGUGCGAUGUAAAAGUAAAAGAGAGAAAAGAAGAUAUUUCUUUUGAGAUCGAUGGCAUUAAAGAAGAGAUCAAAACAGAAUCGGAAGAAGCUAUUGAUAAGACAAAUAUCGCAGCGAAUACUGCAUCGAGUAAAUCGAGAAGGAUAACGAAGAAGAGUGGUAUCAGAUUAAAACCAUCCAUUACAGAUCGGGAGCAUGAAAGAAUGCUGCAAAAGAUAGCCACAAAAGGAGUCGUACAACUGUUUAAUGCGGUAAGACAGCAGCAAAUGGAGAUUAAAAAGAAAUUAUCGCAGGCGGGACCGUUAGAAAGAAAACGCGAACAGGUAUUCAAGAGCAUUGACAAAAAUUCCUUCCUUGAUGUCCUUAUGGGCGGCACUAAAAGCAUACCCGUUGAUAAUGCAGUUAAAUCUGAGAAGCCUGUUGGGCAGACAAACGAUAAAGAUAAAGAUCACAAAAUGUGGAGUGUUCUUCGAGAUGACUUUGUCAUGGGCGCUAAGUUGAAAGACUGGGACAAGAAGAAUAUAGAAGAAGAAGAUUCUUCAGCUCCUGAGGACAUGGACAGCGACGUGGAUUGAAAAUAACAUCUUUCUCCUGUGAAUAUUUUUUAUAUGACAUUUAGAUAACUGUAGUUAGUCAUAAAAAUGUCGAUAUCGCUUGUGUACAUAGUCAAUUGCACUGAUAGUUCUUGGAAUAAGCAUGUAAAUAUUGUGACUCGUGAAUUAACUAUGGAUCCUCGAAA